AUGUCUUCCACUGGCGCUGUUUACAAUGGCGGUCACAGAACUUCCGCUGCAUCACCGACAGCCCCGCCUACGGUCCCGAUCCCAGCUCCGACACCGACACCGGCCCCACAGGUUGCACGACCCGCAAUUCCCGUAUAUUCGGACUCGGCAUAUUCCAUCAAGCGAUACGUUGAUACUCCGACUGCUUCGGACCGCCAAAUCCGGGCCCCGCUUUUCAGCAGCCCUUUACCGUCGCCGUCGCCUGAAGAAGCAGAGCUGGCUGGAAAGGCUCGCAUGGAGGCUUUGUUGAAGGAAAUCUACCCUCAUCGUCCUAAGUGGUCGGAUUGA